UUGAAGAUGCUGUAGCGGAAGAGGAGCCGAAAGAAGAAGAAGCUCAAGAAGGAAGCGAUGAAGAUGAUAAUGCAGCUACUGAGGAAACCAUGCUGUCGCAGUUGAGGGAUAGCAUGAGUCCAGAAGAAGAUUAUGAGAGGCAGCCAUCAGCUUUGGAAGACCUUUUCGAUGGUUCUCCAGCAAAACCAAGUGCAUCGUCUUCAAACUCAAGAUGGGUCACUCUUGACGUAGAUCUCCCUCUUCGAUUACGGGGAAGCGCUUCUCGAAAAGGAUCAGCUCCGUCCGCAUCUGCCACAUGCAAUGCCACUAUGUUGUUUGAGGAUGCAAGCCUUCGCCCGAUGCCGUUGAACCCUUCACUUGACACAACAGUUGUGCUGAGUACGUCAACUAACGCCGAAGAAGCGGAGGAAUUGGACCUACCAGAAAUCGCAUUUCUUAGUGCAGCGAGCUUGGAACUCCUCGUUCUAACUCAGACAUCCAUGCCUGAUCCGCAGGUUGGUAUUAUGCAUAUGGCAAAGUUCGGUGUUUGUAGACUCUUACUCUCUUAGGC